AUGGACUUCCUCAGCAUCUCCAUCAUCCCCGCCGCUAGAUUCUAUCCAAAUAUGGGCGCACUUAACUGGCACCCCCUUGAUCUGAGGCAUCAACAAGGGCUCAGCCUUGUUGCUGGUUUGGUCGGUGAACCCAAAGAGACGGAUGACUUCACGCUGAAUUUGGUGAGCCUGACCUUAUCUCAUGUAAAGGUGGAAGUGGAUUUGACAAUACCGCUCCCUAGUGUUGUUGAAUUUACCCGUGAAUCAGGUCCGCUCCCUGCAAAACCAGCAGCAUCUACUUCAAAACCUAAGGGCAAAAAAUCCUCCAAUGUCAACAAGGACCCAACUGAUAAAGCCACUGAUAAGGGGAAAUCUGCACCUACUAAUGAUCCAAAGGACUCUGCAAAGUCUCCUGGCCCCAGUACUUCUCAUGAAGUCCCUGUCUCUCUAGCUCCCCCGGCCGCUUCCCUAUCCCCACAAGGUUCUUCUGCUCCUUCACCCCUAUCACAACCUCCCCCUGUCCCCAUUCCAUGGCUUUCGAGUCAUCAACCCUCUUUUGGAACGUUACUAGAAACUCAUAUCAAACCCCAUAACCUUAACCACCUUAUGGGCAAGCUGUGUAGAGGAUGGAACUACACCUCUAAUCAUUUGGCGGAUGAUGAUGGCAGAAUCAUUGUUAUUUGGAAGGACAACAUCUCUGAACGCACAGAUCUAUGGGUGGAACUCCUGAACACGUAUCAAACCUUCUCACUUGAUACAACCCCUUGGAUGGUUGGAGGAGACUUCAAUCAGAUCCUCCACCCUGCUGAGCACUCUCUCUUGGAUGUGAAUUCUCUCACCCCUCCAAUGGUUGACUUUAGAGACUGUCUUUCUCAAAUGGGGCUGUCUGAUCUCAGGUUCCAAGGAUCUUUCUACUCCUGGAAAAACCGGAGUCCAGAUAGACCAGUAGCUAAGAAACUUGACCGGCUACUCAUUAAUAGCCAAAUACUAAACCUUUUUCCCGGCUGCUCAGCGUUCUUCCUCCCUCCGCUGUUCUCUGAUCACUCCCCUUGCCUCCUAAACCUAGACUUUAAAAUCCCCACCUCUGGUACCCGCCCUUUCAAAUUCUUCAACUACCUAACCAAACACCCGGGGUUUCAUCAGUUGACUCCAACCACUCAACUGUUUGAACUGGAGAAACAAGCAAAUGAGCGCUGGCUGUUCUUAAGAAUGAUCGAGGAAAGCUAUUUCAAGCAAAGGUCGAGGAUCAAUUGGCUCAAAGAAGGGGAUCAGAACACAACGUUCUUCUAUAGGAUUGUGCAGACAAGACUAAGCUAUAACACUAUUAGAUCUUUUGUUCUUCUCUCAGGCGCAAUCUUGACGGAUCCCCUAGACAUGAGUGCUCAUGCAGUUGCCCAUUUCACCAGCAUUCUGGGACCUCAGCCUCCGGCUAGGAUAAGAGUUGUCUCUACUGGUGAAUGGUUUCACUCUCUAACCCCCUACCGAUUUGACCAGAGCUACAGAGUUGAGAUGAUUUCAGUGCCUUCUGCUGAUGAGAUCACAAGAAACUUCUUCCUCACAUCCUUCAUGCCCUCAGCUACAAACAGCACAAUCCUUACGUUGGUUCCUAAGCAUACCGGAGCUUCAUUGAUCACAGAUUUUAGGCCUAUUGCUUGCCUAAACACCUUGUACAAAGUUGUCUCGCGCCUCCUGGUCAAGCGGUUGAAGCCCAUUUUGGCCCCUCUCAUUGUUCCUAAUCAGACGGCAUUUGUACGAGGCAGAUUGUUAGUGGAGAACACCUCACUUGCUGGAGAGCUCAUAAACGGUUAUCAUAGAGAAAAUGGGACAAAACGGAUCACUAUUAAAGUGGAUAUAGCAAAGGCGUUCGAUACCUUAUCAUGGAAUUUUCUCUUCUCAUGUUUGGUAGCCUUCAAUUUACCAAUGGAAUUUAUCUCCUGGAUUAGAGCCUGCGUUUGCACGACUAGCUUCACAGUUGGGUAUAAUGGAGCAAUCAACGGUUUCUUCAAAGGUACCCGCGGCUUGCGACAGGGUGAUCCAUUGUCCCCAUAUCUCUUUGUCAUUGCGCUGAACAAUCUUUCUCUCAUGCUCAACAAGGCAGCUCAAGAUAUGCGCUUCAACUAUCAUUUAAACUGCUCAUCCUCUAGACUCACCCAUUUGUGCUUUGCGGAUGACUUGCUCAUCUUUAUGGAUGGAUCAUUAGAGUCGGUUCAGGCAGUGCUUCAAGUGCUCCGGGAGUUCGAAUUAAGAUCAGGCUUAGCAGUUAGUAUGCACAAGACCUCGUUCUUUGCUUCAGGGUUGACUGCUAUGGAAACAGAUGCUAUCCAAGCCUCCACAGGGAACAUUGAAGCUCAUCAUACAGCACGAGUCUCUUGGAAUGAAGUAACAAAGCCUAAGAAGGAAGGUGGACUUGGGAUCAACGACCUGCUCCUGUGGAAUAAGGCAUGUUGUUUGAAACUUAUAUGGCUGUUGUUCUUUCAAGCUGGAUCAGUUUGGGUGGCUUGGUUCAAGGAGGAAGUUCUAAAUGGAAACUUAAGCAACUUAUGGACCACUGCACCUAACAGACGGUUCUCAUGGCAAGUGAAUAAGCUCCUCAAACUGAGUCCUCUAAUUUAUGAGUGGAUUCACCUCAGAGUUUCCAAUGGUCUCUCAUGCCGAUUCUGGUCAGAUAAUUGGUCUCCUUUUGGCAGUCUGACAAAGUACCUACAACUUGGUCCACAGUCGUCCUUGGGGAUUCCCCUAACAGCAACUCUCGCCUCUCUUUGCUCCAACAACUCAUGGCGCCUUCCUUCAGCCCGCUCUGAAAACCAGGUUCAAUUGCAUGUUCACUUAACUACCAUUGUUUUGACUGAUGAGGAAGAUUACUAUGAAUGGGAAAUAGAUGGUAAAGUGGAAAAAGCCUAUUCUAUUGGAACUGUCUACCAUAACCUGCGUGCCCUACAAGGGAUCGCAUCAGGGGGUGGGGUCUUGUUACUUCUCCUCUUUGUUUGCUCUGUAAUGUGGCUCCUGAAAGCAGAGAUCACCUAUACUUUGAAUGUCCUUACGCUUGGGGAAUUUGGAGCACUCUUGCGCCUCGAUGUGGAUUGCUACCGGCUAGAACUUGGUCCUCAGUCAUGA